CAGACCUCAUUUCUAAGUUCUAACUCUGGAAAACCACUGCUCCUCUACUCUCUCACUUUCCUGGGUUUCUUUUUGAGCCCUUUGCAGAACACCCAAAAAGAAAAAGAUCAUUUUUUUGGGGUUCUCUUCCCUGGUUUUUCAACUUAGGAACCAAAUUUUGGGGUUCUUUUUUUUUAUUAAUCAUGGAAGAUUGCUCGAGAAAUAGGACUCGUGAUUUUAACAUGGCUUCAAGAAAAGCUGAGGAGACUGCUUGGAGACGUUAUGAGGCAACUCAAUGGCUAGAAAGCCAAGUGGGUCCUCUUGGUAUAUCCAACCAGCCUACCGAGAGAGAACUUAUUUCUUGCUUGAGAAAUGGUCGGAUUCUUUGCAAUGCCAUUAACAAGAUUCAUCCAGGAGCAGUGGCUAAAGUUGUGGAAAAUCAAGUGGCUUCAGAAUCACUUACAUGGGAUUCACAGCCUUUGCCUGCCUAUCAGUAUUUUGAAAAUGUACGCAAUUUUCUGGUUGCAAUGGAAGAAUUAAAGCUUCCGGCUUUUGAAGCUUCUGAUCUUGAAAGGGAUACACUAGAGAUGGGAUCCGCAGCAAAAGUGGUCAACUGCAUUUUGACGCUUAAAUCGUUUCAAGAGUUGAAGCAGAUGAACAAUCAGAAUGGAUCCAGCAAACAUUUAAGAUCUCCUUUGUCUAUGCAUUCAAUCAGUAGAAUGCAUUCAAGAGCUGCAGCUGCAUUUCCUUCUGAUUCUUGUAGGCACUUGGAUUUGUCUGCCACAUUGGAAAAAAUGCCUCCCGUUGAGAAUAAUUUUCCAAAACGAGAAGCAGAAAUUGUGGAAUUACUUGUCAAGCAACUGGUUGACCGUAUGUUUGAUGCCAAAGAAAAUAUUGAUGGAAACAUUAUUGCUUCUCUUCGUGAUGAACACUUGGCAGCAGAUCCAAUAAAAGUAUUUAAUCAAAUAAUAGCAUGUUGUAAUGGGGAACAGCCUCCUACAAGUUUCCAUGAGGAUUUUAUUAAAGAAAAGGGUAGCUUACCACCUCAUAUCGCUUCCACACCUACUCAAUCAGAUGCUUUAUCUGCUCCUGACAGUUCUAAGCGUUGCCAAGCUUGCCCAGGAAAGUGCAAGUGCAAUCAGGUGCAUCUUUUAGACAUGCAGGAAAAGGAUCUUCUGGAUCUCAAGGCUUUGAAGUUGAAAAUUAAGAAAGAGUUUGAAGAGAUGCAGUCACAGUUUCAAGGAUUUUUUAAUGAUAUUGGAAGUCAAAUACAGGAGAUGUCAACUAAAGCUCUUGGAUAUCACAGAGUAGUAGAAGAGAAUAGGAGACUAUACAACAUGGUCCAAGAUUUGAAAGGUAAUAUUCGAGUUUACUGCAGAAUUAGACCCUCAUUCCGGGCCGAAUCCAAGAAUAUUGUUGAUUUCAUUGGGGAAGACGGUUCUCUAUUCAUUUUAGAUCCAACAAAAACACUAAAAGAUGGAAGGAAACUUUUUCAGUUUAAUCGAGUUUUUGGUCCAACAGCCGGCCAAGAUGAGGUUUAUAAGGAUACUCAACCAUUAAUUAGGUCCGUGAUGGAUGGAUACAAUGUUUGUAUUUUUGCUUAUGGUCAAACUGGAUCUGGGAAGACUUACACCAUGAGUGGUCCUUCGGGUGGAACAUAUAAGGAUAUGGGAAUCAAUUAUCUGGCUCUUAAUGAUCUAUUUCAAAUGUCUAAUGAAAGGAAUGAGAUUAUGAAGUAUGACAUUUAUGUUCAAAUGGUUGAGAUUUACAAUGAACAAGUUAGAGACCUACUUGGAGAGGACAAAACAGAUAACAAAUUAGAGAUCCGGAGCUGCAAUGAUGACGGGAUGAGCCUUCCUGAUGCCAGAUUGCGUUCAGUGAAGUCUACAACUGAUGUUAUGACUCUAAUGAAACUUGGUGAGGUUAAUCGUGCUGUCAGUUCAACUGCAAUGAACAAUAGGAGUAGUCGUUCCCACAGUGUACUUACGGUGCAUGUUCAUGGCAAAGAUACAUCUGGGAACUCCAUUCGCAGUUGCCUACACUUAGUAGACCUAGCUGGAAGUGAACGAGUAGACAAGUCUGAAGUUACAGGGGAAAGACUAAAGGAAGCACAAUUUAUUAACAAGUCUCUUUCGUGUUUGGGAGAUGUGAUCACUGCCCUGGCUCAAAAGAAUUCUCACAUUCCUUACAGGAACAGCAAACUCACACUUCUUUUGCAGGACUCCUUAGGUGGACAUGCUAAAACAUUGAUGUUUGCUCAUGUGAGUCCGGAAGCAGAUUCAUUUGGUGAAACAGUGAGUACUCUAAAGUUUGCUCAGCGGGUUUCCACUGUGGAACUGGGGGCAGCCCGAAUGAACAAAGAAAGCAGUGAGGUUAUGCAACUUAAAGAGCAGGUUGAGAACCUUAAGAUUGCAUUGGCAAACAAGGAAGCUCAGAGAGCAAUGUUCAACAGAAUUAAAGAACCACACACUCCAUUAGAGAAACCAACACUGGUGUCCGAGAAAACUCCAUUGCGCCCUCGAAGACUUAGCAUUGAGAACUGCAGUGGUGCAAAGACUGACAAAUCUGUGAAUCGUGAGGAUAGAACUGGAGCCAAAUCACCACCUUUGUUACCACGUUCAAGAAGAUUAAGUUUGGAAGGUUCAAAAACUACCAAGAAAGAUGGUCUACUACCAAAAGUACCAGAUUAUACAAUAAGCAAAGGGUUACAGUACGAGCCGGUAUCUCUGCAGAAAUAUCGCCCAAUGCAAGAUACAGAGUGUGUCUCGAAACUAAACGGCCAGCUCAGCAGUGGCAAUUCCAGGUCAGAGUUGCAAGCCAAAACUCCUCGAAGUCCUACAAGCAUUUCCUAUCAAAGGAGAUCGAUAAAAGUAAAUAGUGGGAUGCAAGUUUAUCCUCUUAAACUGCCUCAAACACCUGAACGACCAGUGAUGGAUGGAAAUGAUUCACAUGGCACUAAGGUGGCGGGUAGCACAAAUGGAAAAGGAUCCCAGAUAAGAAGAUCGUUGAGAACAAUUGGGAAACUCAUCAAUGGUCCUGACAAGAGGAGCCAACAAAUUAAGGUUGAAGUCAAAUCACCCAUCAAGGGAACUGGCCAUACAAAUCCUGUAAAAUCACCAAUUUCGGCCGUUGAAAAGUCAAAAAGGAGACAAUCUUUAACAGGGAUUCAAGCACCACUGCCAAACUCACGUAGAUCUUCACUUGGAGGAAAGCCAGUAGUAGCAUAUGACAAGGACACAAAUGCUAGAACUCCUCCUUCCAAUUCAGACACCAAGACUGCAACACGUUGGCUAUAGAUCAGUGCCAGUGGUGCUUUUACUCGAAGCACGCCAACAUUGUUGACUUAGUUUAGGACAAAUGCUUCACUUUGGUAGAAGAUUUUUGGUUUUUGGAUCAAGAUACAUUGUACAAAGAUGGCCUUCAAAGUAUUGUAGAUACUAGAAUUUUUACAUUUCAAUGAGGCUGUCUUUUCCAAAGGGGCAUUCUUGUAAUUAAAAAGUUUGAAGUUCUUGCA